AUGCUGGAGAAGACGUACACCACAUUCCACAAGGAUCACAUCACCCUGCAACAACAAUACAUGUUGCGAGGAUACACCAAAUGUCGGGGAUACACCAAAUUUUCUGAUUUGAUUGUGGCACUCCUAGUUGCGGAGAAAAACAGUGAGCUCCUCAUAAAGAAUCACAUGACUCGACCUACUGGAUCCAAAGCGUUUCCUGAAGCAAACGCAUUGGAUGUAAAGAAACCGGUGAAAGAAAACAAUUCUUUCCGAGGUCGUGGAGGUCGAAACAAUCGCGGACGUGGCGGACGUGGGCGAUACAACCCAAAUAACAAAAGAUGCGGUACAAAAGGACAUUGGUCCCGGAAUUGCCGUACUCCUAGGCACCUUUGUACAUUGUACAAAGAUUCUGCCAAAGGCAAAGGAAAAGAAGUAAACCUUGCAGAGCACUCAGAGGGAACAACCCACCUCGAUGCUUCUGACUUUGCAGAUGAUUUCGAUGACACCGUCCCAUCUGAAGUCUGA